AUGCAGCAGGGAUUUCAAGAAGUACCGAAAGAGCCGCAACCUAAACGUCGCAAGAUCCAGUUGGCUUGUAACAAAUGUCGCAAUCGAAAGACAAGAUGCGAUGGGACCCGUCCAGUUUGUGUUGCCUGCCUCGAAAGAGGACUUGCAGGAGAGUGUAGUUAUGAGGUCGCAGCGCCACCUCCACGGAGAUCUACUAUUCAGCAUCAACACCAGGAACAUACAGCGCUUAGUGCAACACCAAAAUCAGCAGAUAACAGUGCUGGUUACGUAAUAGAUGGUUCACCCUUGAGUAACGGUCACCAUCUCGUCUCCAGCACUGGUGGAAGUUCGGUGGCAGCAGGUCUCACGGCCUAUCCUGCCAAAUCCAGUUCCGACCCAGUUGCAGACAACAACAACAACAACCGUGUGGAUGGAUUGGCCACCGUCGCGUUCCCACGUCAAGACGCAAAUUUGUACGGGGAAUCUUCAACAAUUGCAUUUGUACGCCACGUGAUGCAUGAACCCUCGCCCCAGCCACAAGAGAAUUGGCAAGACACAGCGACUUCCCCGGAGUUGGAACCCAUUCGUGACAAAGACGAGAGCUUAAUGAUUUACCCUCGACGCCAGGCGGCCGAUGACUACAUGAACUCCUUUUGGGAGUUUGUGCAUCCGGUUUUUCCAAUUCUCCACAAGGCAUCUUUUAUGUCCAAGUACGCUGAAGUCUGGUCUCCAGAGCCGUCCAAAGGUCCGAACGGUACCAGCCAAGUUGACGAAGUUGCUUUCUCCGCGUGCUUGAAUCUCACCUUCGCCUUAGGAUGUCAGUUUAGUAGCUUCGUAUCUGCAGACAAGCGGGUGGCGGUCGCCGACGAAUUCUACCAAAGAGCCAGGAAGAUAUUCAUUUUCGACAUCUUAGAUACGUCAUCACUGCCGGUACUUCAGAUGCUAUUACUCACGGGCGUAUAUCUCCAAUCUACAAAGUACUCGGAGCGAUGUUGGAAUAGCGUUGGACUUGCCAUUAGAGCUGCCCAGACCCUGGGCUUGCAUUCGGAGUCAACGGCUAGAAGACCUGCUAGACAGAUCACUCGAGAGAUCAGAAGGCGGGUUUGGCACGUUUGUGUCACACUCGAUCGGCUUUUGGCGAUGACUUUUGGCCGACCAGCAAUGAUUGCGAGAUCGUGGGAUACACCAAUCCCGCUUAUGAUCGAUGACGAAUAUCUCGAAGCCGAAGAAGAAGGUCACCAGCCUACCAACAGACCGUCACGGUUGGGUCUAUUUGUGUUCUCUUCGAAACUUUACGACAUAUUAGACAAGAUUCUCGUCACAUUCUAUACCACUGAAACUCCCACACCAAUGUCAACCGACGAUAGCGUACAAAAACUUUUGAGUAAUGUCCUAACAUUCAAUCGUCAAUUAGACAACUUUAGGAAUUCAAUUCCGGAAUUCCUAAAGCUCCCAACGAGGGACGACCCCCCUGGUCCCCACAUGAACAUAUCCAGCAUCCAGAUUCAGGCUCGCAUUUUAAAUUGCAGAUAUUUGUACACCCGAGUCAUGCUGCUCCGCCCUGUUCUGCUUUUAAGCACGCAGAGUAAUCUUCGACCUGGAUUAGAUGCACCGGAUCUAUGGAGUGCAGUAACACUAGACAGAGAGCUCGCUAGCUAUGCUUGCAAUCUGUGUGUUUCAACCGCGCAAGAACUGGUCGAGAACCUAUGUCAAAAUGUUGAUACUCCAUAUCGGAUAUCACCAUGGCACACCGUUUAUCUGUCUUUCGCCGCUGCUAUCGUUCUCAUAGCAGCAUACAGAUGCCCAGCUAUCGAUCCUGUCGCAAAAGAAGAAGAGUUAAAUCAUUCGCUAGAUCAAUGCAGAACUAUCCUAGCGUAUUACGAGCCACAAAUUCAUUCCGCUGGCCAAGCCAUUCGCGUACUACAGACACUAAGGGGUCAUAUAAGGAACACCCGGACUCGGAUCCGCUCUGGGCGAGCGACGAAUCGAGGGAGUCCACUUCACCCCACUUCCAUACCAGAUGGACAGCCUGGGAUGGAUCUGGAGAACUUUGCAAACAUGGAACCGUCGCAAGAGUGGUGGAACGAACUCCUGCCAGUUAGGAACGAGCUUAAUUCGGAGACUUGGUACAACCAGCAUCUGGUCAAUUUGGACUGGCUGGAUAUCUCUUGA